CCUAUGUGCUGCCGAAUACGUUAUCCUGUCGUUUUUCGGUUUUGUGUAGUUUCAAUUUGCUUAUGUUUCGUUUGGAAGCAGCGUAGGAGCGGUGUCAUAUAUCCAAAAUAAGUAAGGAAUUGAAAGUUGUGGUUUUGCUAUUGUUAAGAGAAAAUAUAACUCGAAGCAUUCCUUCUGAACUUUGGUUUAGCUCCUGCUCCUGCUAGGUUGGGGCCGUGGGGAAAAGGCAAUUCGAGCGUGCUGACAGUGGGCGGUGCCGUGCUGUCGAGCCGCACAGGGCCCCCGUCAUGGAGUCGCUGCCGGCGCCGGAGCCGGCGUCGCAGCCGGCUGGCCCGGCCGCCACGUCUGACCAGGUGAAGGCGCUGCUGCGCUCGCGCCGUCGCGAGAAGCGACCCGAGGAGUGGAAGCGCCACCAGCGCAAGAACCGCCGCAUCGCCGGCAAGGAGUACGUCAACACCAAAGGCGAGCUGGUGCAACCGAAACAGAUGGGCGACGCUUGCAACUGCCGCAUGAAGUGCUUCAACAGGGUGGACCAGGCGACCCGCGAGGGUAUUUUCAAUGGCUUCUACUCGCUGAAGAGCUAUGACGAGCAGAACGCUUACCUUUUCGGACUGAUCCGGAAGAAGGAAAUCGCGCGCAUCUCGGACUCGUCCUCCGAGCGGCGCACCUGCAGCUACCAGUACUUUGUACGCUGCAAGGGUCGCGAGAUAUUGGUGUGCAAGCUGGCCUUUGCCAACAUCCACGCCAUCACGUUCAAGAAGAUCCGAAUGCUUUCGGAGAAGCUGGAUCAGAACGUGAUGUACCCUCGUGACCAGCGGGGAAAGCACAUGAACCGGCCCUCCAAGAUAUCGGAGGAGGUCAAAGACCAAGCUCGGAAACACAUAGCAGAAAUACUCAAGUCGUCAGAGCUCCGGAGAUUUUUGAAAGAGGAUAAAGUUUUUGGCCUAGAUCUGAACUUGGCGAAGAUGCAUAAGGAUUACCUGAAGCGUUUUGAACCGAUGGCGUUCCAAGAUCAUCUUCAGGAGAAACUGCGGCUCGGCUACCAGCCGCAGCUGAAGAUCUGGCUGUACAGCAACAUCUACCACACCGAGUUCCGCUUCGCCAACCUGGAGGCGCUGCGGACGGCGCAGCAACCGGACCGGCGGACUGUCGCCGGUGCCGCCGUCGGUGCCGUUACCGACGGCGGCCGAGUCGGUGUCUGCGGCGGAGCCAGCGCCGGCCGCGCGGGCCGCGUCCCGCCGGCCGACCCGCUCGCUCAAGAGGCUACGCCCGCUGGCCCCCUGCCCGACGGUCGGCGGGCUGCCGCAGCCGGAGCCGUCCCAACAGCCGCAGCAGCCGGCCCAACCGUGCCGCUCGGCGUGCCGGAGUACGACGGCGACGUACACCUGGUGGCCUCGGCGGCUGGCGGCGGUGGCGGCGACCUGUACGACUGGCAGCUGGCGACCGAGUGA